GUGCCCGCGGGGGCUGCCGGGAAAUGCAGUCCCGGCGGCGGUGGGAGAGCGGGGGACAGCGGACAGGAGAGCAAACUUCAUGGCGAGGGCACGGGCACUGUCCAGCUGGGGGCAUUUACCAAUAGAUAAUGAUAGUAAACGUUAGUGUGGUUGUGUGUAAAGGCAGCGCUUUAAACACGCAUAGUGUCACGUGUUACUGGUGUACAAAUCAGACUCUGCAGACGGCGGGUACCUCAGCAGCGAGACGCUAUGGACAUCACGCUGGGCCGGACCGGCCAAGGCCGCUGCGCCCGGGAAAUCUGCUCCAGGGGCGAUUUUUAAGGCAGGAGGAGUAGGGCGCGGGCUGUGCAGUGUGCAAUAAGCCUUACUCCACUGGGACCUUUCACGAGACCAAAGUCCACUGGGGCUUGGAGCAUCCCGAGAUGCUGAGAGAGAGGAAGGAAACCAAGACCCAGCUCUGAGAUCGCCGCAGUUUCAGUCGAAGAGUGACUUUAGGAGCCACGUAAGCUGAUGCAGGCCCUGAUGCUGUGAAAGCGACCGGCUGUGCUUACAGCCCUACAGCACGUACGGGAUCUGACAGCAGCCUCAGGGAAGAACUAACCUACACCCGAGAAGGAAUAUACCUCAGGAAAGACUGCGCGGGUCAGCUACAAAGGAUGAGGGAGAAGGUUCUCUUUAACGUGACUACUUACAAGUAGUAUUUUCCCGUCAUGGAUGAGCUAUCACCCGAAGAAAUUCAGCUGAGGGCCAACCAGGUCACUGAUGAGUCUUUGGAAAGCACAAGGAGGAUUCUUGGCUUGGCCAUUGAGUCCCAGGAUGUUGGCAUCAAAACUAUUAACAUGCUGGAUGAGCAAGGAGAACAACUAAAUCGUAUAGAAGAAGGCAUGGACCAGAUAAAUAAGGACAUGAGAGAAGCUGAGAAGACACUGACAGAGCUCAACAAAUGUUGUGGGCUCUGUGUCUGUCCUUGUAACAGGACAAAGAACUUCGAGGCCAGCAAAGCGUACAGAACAACCUGGGGAGAUGGAACAGAGAACUCAGCAGAUCAUGUGAUAUCCAUGCAACCAAGAAGUAUCAACCGGCAGCAGCCUCAGACUUCUGGAGGACCAAGUAGUGGAUAUAUUACAAGGAUAACCAAUGAUGCCAGAGAAGAGGAAAUGGAUGAAAAUCUUGCUCAAGUUGGAAACAUUCUUGGGAAUUUGAAAAACAUGGCUUUGGAUAUGGGCAAUGAGAUCGAUGCCCAGAAUAAGCAAAUAGAUCGGAUAAAUGUAAAGGCUGAUACAAACAGGGAACGCAUUGAGCAAGCAAACAUCAGAGCCAAGAAACUAAUUGAAAAUUAAAGCCUGCUGUCAUUGUUCGGUGACAGCCUCUCCAGCUGCAAACCACCAUAUUCAUGGAUCUGUGAAACUUGUAUUCUGAAAUAAGAGGGGCUGGGAAAAAUGAAGCAGUACCCCUUCUGUAGGGAUUAGUUUUCUUUUAUUGCUUCAUGUAAACAUGGCCUUGACUCCAAGAAAGCAGCCAACUUCCUUCUACUCAUCUGCCUUCACUUUCUUUAAACUGCUCAGGGCUAAAAGUGUUAGGGCUUUGAGAAUCUUCUUGCAUGUUUUAUUCCUCUUCCCAGUUUCUUUUUUUAAUUUUUUAAAAAUGUUAUUUUCCUGCACCGAAAAUUCAAUCCUUUAUUGAAGUUGAACAAGCAGGGUAAUCUGAAUUCACAGUUGUGGAAAGUUGGAGAGGGCACUUUGCACUGUUUGAAAUACCUCAUAAGUUGAGUGUCUUCACUAAAAUAGGGACUAGGUAAACAGUGUCUCAUUUGUAUCUCUAGUGUCUAACCAUAGUUUUACAAUCCAAACCACACGAUUGGUUUGGAGUUGAGUUUGUGGAUCACAGAAUUGAAGAGGCCCGUUACUUACAACUUGUGGGUUGAGGGCUUUAAAACACUUCCUAACCACACAAUCUUUAAGGUAAUGGUAACCAGAGGGAUAUGCAGGUUUCCAUUUCCUUACUGUAAAUUGACAUCGGUUUGGAGGCCAUGACUAAUCAUGCUGCAUUGUUCUGGUAAUAUUUGUUGUGUGUCUGUAAAUAUCUGAUCCAAACCCCAUGCACACAAGUAGAAGAAGAUAAAACUAUCUCCCCAAGGUAUUUAUUUGAUGGAAAAUUUUACACCCCUCAUCUAAAAGUUAAGUGUUUGAAUGAUGCAUCUGAACUGGAGGAAACUGAGUAGAAAAGCAUGGAGUUUGCUUGCAUAUCUGAUUAUCUUUCAGCCAGUUUUCACUGGAGUUCAGCUUAUGCCUUUCUCCAGUGCAAAAUAAUAAUUGAGAUCUGGUGCAGAGGUUGCUCUCAGCAGUGACUUUGGGGGUGCUUCUUAAACCUACCAAAACCAGAGAGGCUUAUUGUGAAACUUCUUUGUCACAAGUCUGGAGGAAGCAGUAGCUAUUUAUGAACUGUAUUCUAGUUCUAAAUAAACUAGUUCUAAAUAGAUUGCUGACUGGUUUAUUAUUGCAGACUUGGGGACUGGCAGUUGGAAAUACUAUGUAUCCAAGUCUCUUGCAAAUAAAAUGUUCUUAUUCUGUUGCAGAAUAGAGGAGUUUCUGACCAGGUGAGGUAAAGCACUUUCCUGUGAAGUAAAAUAGUCUGGUUUUACUGUAAUAUAAAAAGAUUUUCUUGGAAUCUUCAUAGUAAUUAAAUUGCAAGUGACUUAGAUUAUUUAAACUCCACACAGCAAUAUAUUAUGCCUGUUUUAAAGUUGAAAAUUACGCUUUGGACCAACCUGUGAUUACUCAGUGUUGGAUGGCAGGAAUCUUCAAAUUGAUUGGACAAAUAAUUAAAACUAAUAGCAUUAUGGGGUGCUUUUUUGAAGGACAGUCCACAACUACCCUGUAGCCACUAAUACUGAAUUCCAGAGUCAGAGAUUAUACUAAUCCUCCAAAAUGCAAGACAGUGCUUGUUAAGUGUUCUGUUUUCUUUUUAGCAGAAAUACAGUCUGUUAACCAGUAUAUUUUCAGUUGGCUCCCAGGACAGCUUGAUAUAUAAAGAAAGAAGAACCAAAAUCCACACGCACAAAAGCCCACAACAACCCACCAAACAAAAACCCAACCAAACAAAAAAAACCCAAACAACUGACCAAAGGAUGGGGUAGCUGCAUGUAAAAAUAGGCCAGUGGCAGUUUGCCUUAUGUGAGUAAGGUAAAGUCAUUUUUAGGGGACUAGAUACUUGAGUAGCAUGGGUUGGCUCCUCUCUAGCUUCCGGUAAUUGUUGGAAUGCUAAUGAAUUUCAAAAGUUCACUAGCUACCCAAGCAGUAAAUGAAGAUGAUGUGCUUAAAAAUGCAAGUAGCAAAGAAGUAUUUUUAAAAACAUUGCAUAGUAAACUUUGAGCAGCCACCUGCAUAGGGACUUUAUAUUCCCUUUCUUCCUUCUUAAAAACUUCAGAUUACUUUAAGGAAUAUUUGCUGCUAGUUGUGAAAGCAAAGUAUAUGUUAUUUAAUUAUGAUUGUCUCCUGGAACAGAAGACUGAAGUGGUUACCUUAUUCUGCUUACACAGUGCAAGCCUGCUCUGUAGCAUUUGGACAUUGCACACAUCGGAAUGUUUUUCUCCCUUGCCAUUGUAAGUCCUUGUUCUUGACUUGCCUGAGCUCUAACAAUAAAUGAGCACACUGGCUGAUAAAAUGCUGUGAUUGGUAUGACAAAAUUGUAAUAUUGCAGUGAAUACCACAAAAGGAAAUAAUUUCUGACGCUCUUGAGUUCUGUCAGAGUAUCAAUACUAUUUUCUGAUGCAGCAAGAGCCAAAUCUGCGAGGGAGUUUGUGCCUUUAUGUUAGUCAAAAACUGCUUCUUGGAUGUCUUACUGUUGUCUAUAGAAUAGAUGCUUAAUUUUCAUAUCUCUGGUAUGAAAUUGAUACUUGUACAUCACAUCUUUGUAUGUCUGAAUGCUAUGAAGAAUGAAGGUUUACAGUUUCUGCUUUUGAUUGUUAAACUAUAUAUUGUGCACAAAAAAAUACAUACUUUUAUAACUGAAUGUGUUUUAAAACUAUUUUCUCUUAGAAAUGUCUUUGUUUAGUUUCCUGUCCUUGAAAAACUUGGCAGAACUAGUUGCUUCUACUCAGCUAGGAAGUUCCUCAUCUAUUUUUAUUUCACAGAAAUCCCAGUGCUAAGAAAAGAAUGGGUGUGGUUGGGAUGAGAGGAAUAUUGUGGUCUUUUCUAGUUUUGAUCCCUGUGUAAGCAACAUCUCUUAAAUUCAGACAGUGAACUGUGUCCAUCUCUUCUUUGAAAAAUCAUGAUGUAUGUGGGAAUAUACUUCAGGAUGAUAAAGGAACCAAGUAAAAUAACUUGAAACUUUCUAGUUAAGUAUUGGUAAUGAAUGCCUAGCAAGUAACUAGUCCAGUAGAUGAAAUGUGAUUUCUACUACCUACUGCCAAUGCAAUUUCUUCUGUGAGGCAAUUUAAAUUAUAUUUUCUUUCAUUCCAGAGCCUUGGAUUCCCAGAACACUCUUAAGGGGGAGGAGGUAGUGGGGGAGAGACUUCUAUUGACUUACAACAGUUCUGAGCUGCAAGAGAGACUAGCAUAUCUGGAAAGAGCUUGGAAGAAGUACUUCUAAUAUACUAUCUAAUAUCUACCAGUAACUAGGAAAAGAAACUAGGGACAGCCUGCUUAAGUAACAAUUAGGAGGAGGCAGCACAUCUCCCAUGGGUACAUUUAAAGGACAAUAAUUGGAAAAUUCAAGCUAGUCUACUCCUUGAUGAAAGACAGCUUUUUUAGCACAGCAGUAACUGUACUAUCAACUGCAGCCUGUGCUGCUUAUACAACUACUUGCAGAGCUCACCUCUGUGAAGGCAAUAUGGUGAAACAACUCCACUGUUCACACCACACAAUGACCUGCAGCUGCUAAUUCACCUUUGCUGUGCUUAAAGCAAUGCAGUGUCUAAAUGCUGGUGGAAUAGAUGGACGAAGUGUGUGUCUUACUGCAAUGGAAAAUUGGAGAGCAAGUGAUGUAGGUCUGAAACAAAAUACACUAAUUGUUUAUAUUGUUACCUAGGCUAAUGUUCUACCUCAGUAAUUCCAAAAUUAAAAAGCUGCAAGUGCGAUUGUGCACAGAAAUAAAAUUGAUUUAUAGCUUCACUUGUUGCAGGGUGGGGGUGAUGAGAAGGGAAAACAGGAAGUCCCAAUAUAAAACUACUAAUAGGUUACAUAGAGUGCUGAAAGCUCUAGAACAGCAUUCUACAGUGUGACUUAGUCACAGUUAAUUGCUGUGAGUUAAAGCAAGCAAGGGCAUCAGCCAGUUAUUUUUUCUUUGUAACAGAAAUAAGUCUUCCUCUGUUCUGGAGCAAGUUUAGUUAAUUAGGACUAACUCGGUUCCAUUCAGUGUUUUAUGUGAUACUUUCUCCAUUUUGCUUUGCAAAAGCAUUGAUAGCUGUCAUAACUCCAAGGCAGCAAAGGGGCCUAACAAUGAGCAAUUGAAAGGUUUCUAAAUGAACUAGUGAUCACAAAGAAGAAAUGCCGACUUACUUAAGUACUUCCCACAAUAGUAAGAUUUUUUUUUAAUAGCAAUGCUAGCUUCAUAAUUUUCAAUGCUUCCGUUCUCUUCUUACACAUUGUUGAAUAGAACACGUUAAUGAGAGAAGCAGCAUCUCUGAGCACAGAUACUUUCAGUUAAAAAAUUGUAAAACCAAAAUGCCACCACAGCAUAGUAUUGCCAAGUUCAUACAUAUUGAUGAUAGACGACGCCUUUGGUGAUUGCAAAGGGGGAAUCUGCUAACUGCUAAUUUGUUCUGUCCAUGUCUCAUGCACAGCAAAGCUCUAGGAAAAAAAAAAAGCCAAAAAACUAGUACUUCACAUGGGAUUUAGGUAUCAAGUAGAAGGAGGUAAAAUUUAGAACAAGUGUGAAGGCUUUAUUCACUACUCAAUUUGCAUGUCCUAAUCUGUGGAAUCUAUUUGUUUUAAGCUGAAUAGAUUUCUGACUGUACCUUGCAUCAUGGUAAGUCGUAAGUGUUCUUAAGGCACUUCCUUGGUUAGGCCUUGCAAAACAAAGUAGUCUCAUAAACAUGGUCAGCAGUCAGCUACUUCUGUCAAGAAGCUAGUAGGUUUUUUAUUUAAUAAUAGCUGGAAUGGGGAUUCUUAAAUACAACUGCUUCCCUGUUAAAUGAUGAAUGAUUGCAUCCAUCCUUUGAAUAAGGAGCUGAUGUCCCCUAAAACACUCUUCUUCUAGGUAUUGCUAUGUAAGAACUGAAAUAAGAUGGCAACAGAGUCAAGGAAAUAAAUGCCUCUCUGAGCAUCUUACAAAGGAACCACUUAUUGCUAAUCGUAAAGAUGGGUGCAAUGUUGAAGCGUAGCUGUUACCAACAACUGACAGGCUCCAGUAGCUAAGUGAGGGCUUUCUGUGACAUCGUAGUACUACUUCAUAAAAUGACAACAGUUACACCAAAUAAACUUGAACUGAUAUUUUGAAAAUAAUUUACUAAAAUAUACAAGUACAUUUUCCUUUUCAGUAUAAGUUACAUAAUUGCAUACAGUUUUAGCUCUUGCUAGGUGCAUUUGGUAAUAAGGCAGCAGCAGUGGGCUGACAACUCAAACCUUCAGCAUUGCUCUGUACACAAGGAGUCAGUGCAAGGAUAUUAUAUUUUCUAGCAAUAUACAUUUUUACUGAAUACAUUGAAGAUGAACCUAAUUUUUAUUAGAUACAGCUCAAGGAAAAGUGGACUGUAGUGCAAAUCUUGCUUAUGGGAAAAGAAAGCCUGUAAAGUAAAAUACAAAUGAACAAUGCUCAAACCACAAUUUGUUUACUGGAAGCUGUUAAUAAAACGUUUAACUUAACCACAA